AGCAGAUUUAUCAACUAUCGACAUAAUAUACACGAUUAAGGAGCGUGUAGGUGCAAGACAUUGUGAUACAUUACGAUUUUCUGGGCGGUACGACGAUAAGCAAAAAGAGCAGAGUGAUUACUAUUACGAACGCAAGGGAAAGCUGUUGCAGUGGCACGUCAAUGACGUCGAGCGUAGUCCCCGUUACGCCUCUUCAUAAGGGCAAGGAGCGAAUGAAAAUCUACUAUGGUUGUAAGGGCUAGGCUCCGGUACGGACACCCUGGGCCCACAGAUACGCACGACUUCGUGUCUGCAUCCCUGGGCUAAGUAGAACGUGGCGCUCCCGAAGUCGAAGAGACAACCAAAUGCGUCGCCGUACCCCCACGAGCUGAGUAUGGCGUGAAUACGCCGCGCAAGAGCCUUCGUGUCCCCGAGCUUCGACAUAUCAUCGGUGUCGGAUGGCGGAGUACCCUCGGAAUCUUCCUCUUCUUCGUCGACCUCAUCAAUGACGGGCAAGGUCACUAAGAAAGCGGGCGGAGGGGGCGGCGCCUCUUGCGGAAAAUAAUCGAGCGUUGGCCGCUCAGUCGGCCCCAUUUGUUCCCUAAGAGAAGGCCUGAGACGGGGGUAAGGGUGAUAGCGACGCUGCCAUGCGCUCCUAUAGCUGGGGAGCCGCAUUUCGGGAACUUCCAAAACCAUGCUGAACGAUGAAGGAGGCGAAGGCCGGAGAGAGAGGGGGGGAGGGAGGGAGAAAAAAAGAGAGGGCGGCAUUUUGGCAAGUUGGCAGCCGUUUUACGAGAUGGCCAGCCGAGGCUCGCGAACCCACUGCCGGGGAGCAUCGGCGGCGCGGUCUAAACCAUAACGGUGCGGAAUUUGCGCCCGAGCCCGGCUUCCACCCACGCAGAUCUGCCAUGCUCGGACCGCGCGCCGUCGUUUACGACACCUCCCUCUGGCAACAACGACUGAGGGCUCCCAAGACUGUCAUCGACUUGGCUCUGUGUCUGGCUCUCAACGCCCUCGCGAGGUCAACACACGCCACAUGGGGCCCGGUCACUGGCGCGGCGCGGAAGCAAAUCGACAGAAGCCCUUGGCGACAACCGCGAAGACUGGGCGGACUCAUGGGCGAGUCGGUACUCUAUGGCGACGAGCUCGACUGACUGGAACCUGUGGAUAUGUCAGCGUCAUGCAUACGCGUGCCGCCUGCAGCAACUCCUGGAGGCUAGAGCCCGGUUCAGCUUGGGCUCAACCACUGACUACAGGGCUUUCUGACGAAAAGCCGACUCCACAGAGGCGGUCGAACCGAACCCCUCCAGCCAUCAUCACAGACCACUUGGGUCCUCCCUAGCCUGCAGCCAGCCCUCAUCGCCAUCUGGACCUCUGCACGCCAUACGGGACACCGACGCGCGCUCGGGUCCGAGCCUGGGAAUUCCGUGACUCGACGUGCGCCCUGUCACGUCACGCACCGCCGAUUGAUGGCGGGCGUCGGGACCGCGUCACAUUGCUUUCCAACCACGACGACGCCCUGUAAUCCAGCCAUGGCCCCCACCCCUACUCGUGCUGAGUUGCCCGAAAAACCGCAAGACGAGGUAGCGACCUCAAUCCUAAGCACAAGAAACGCCAUGAAGAAACUGGACAGAAGGACACAUCCUGAAGAGUGUG